GACUCAAGGCGUGCCCCAUGAUCUUGGUUUUCGGGUGCCGGCAGUCACAGAUUGACCACAUUUACAAGGAAGAGACAAUUCAGGCCAGAAACAAGGGCGUGUUUAAAGAGCUUUACACCGCAUACUCCAGAGAGCCUGGGAAACCAAAGAAAUACGUUCAGGAUGUUCUUCGUGAGCAGCUGUCUGAAACCGUCUACAAACAACUCCGAGAGGAAGGAGGACACAUCUACGUCUGUGGUGAUGUCACCAUGGCCGGAGACGUACUGAAAACAGUCCAGCAGAUCUUUAAACUGCAUGGCAACAUGUCUCUGGAGGACGCCGGCUUCUAUAUCAGCAAACUGAGGGAUGAGAAUCGAUACCACGAGGACAUUUUCGGAGUCACUCUGCGCACGUACGAGGUCACCAACCGCCUAAGAUCGGAAUCUAUUGCCUACAUCGAAGAAAACAAGAAGGAUACCGAUGAGUAAGUUCUUCAUUCUCUUUCUCAGCGUGUCCUCCGAUCGCCUCGAGUCGCCACGACUUAUCCUUGCUCGUAGGAGGACCUUGCGCUCUGUAGAUUACUGUAGAUACAGCCUCUGGACCGGCAUCGCUGAAAGCCAGUGGUAACCAUAGAGACGGAGGCUGAGAAGAGGCUGCGGCGUAACAGGAUUAGCGAGAAGAGAGUAGUUGCGGCGCUCUCUGUUUGCGCUCUCACAGAUAAGAGCUUGUUCAUAGCGCACUCUGCGUGAGAGCCGAGGGAGGAGAAGUGCUUUAGCCGUACCGCCGUUAACCGGACUGUUUGCCGUACGCUCGGCGUGAUUCCCGUUAGAGGUGUCGCUUGAGUUUUUUGUCGGUUUUUUGAUGAAAGUCCUUCUGGUGGAGGACGAGAGGCACCUCACAUUCUCAUGUCAUUUGGUAAUAAAGGGAUGUGGAGGACAAAACGAAAUAGAAUAUCGUGAGAUAAUGAAAUGCAUCAUGAAGUGUUGCAGUCAAUGCAUAAAAAUAGUAUAUGAAUGUGGCAGGAAGUAGAUAAAACACGACAUGAAUGAUACCUUAAAAUGAAAAUGCAACAAACACUCGAAUCGUGUUUUAAAAUGCAACACAUUGGACCAAGAUAAAUAAAUAAUGA